AUGAAGAGCUGUGUGUUGCUGGCUCUGCUGGCUUUCGCCGCUGUCGCGUCUGCAAGGGAGCUCACCGCUGCUGGCCCAUGCACUGGCAAGAAGGAUGGCACCCUUGUGGCAGCUGGAGGCUGCUCUGCAAAGUACUACCAGUGCUGGAAGGGCAAGCCGGUCGACACCAAGUCCACCACCUGCCCCAGGGGCCAGGCGUUUAACCCUAUCACCAAGCCUCAGGGCUGCGCACUGGUUGGUGCUGUGGGGCUGACGGGCUGCAACUGCAACAUUUAUGCUGGCAACAGCCGCAAGGCCUGCCAAGCACGCCAGAAGUCCGGCAACUUUCCCCUGCCCGGCAACAAGAACGGUUAUGUCGAGUGCAGCACGCAGGGAGCCUUCGUGCAGAAGUGCAACGGCAACCUGAAGGCACAGAACUGCCUGUGA